ACGUAAUAAUUUAAGUGAACACAUUCUUAUUAUGUAAUAAUACAUAUUCAACCGUUUCCCCUUUAUCUAAUUAAUAAUUAGGCUAACAAGAUAAUUUCAAUUUAAAAGUGUAUGUUAUCAAUGUUAUUGAAAAAGAUAUCAGCUAAAACCUACUAAAACGUACUCUUUGAUGUUCAGCUUUGAUCAGCCAACCUUUAGCUAAAAUCAAACUAUUCAUAAAAUUUUCUCUGCAAAAUGCAAAGGACCAUGAAUUUAAUAUUUACAGGAAGUAUGGCCUCAAGUCCCAAUAAGUUACUAAGGUGGCUUUCAAGCACUCCAAGCCGGUCUUCUAGUGUAGUAUUUAAGUUUUCAAGUGAUAUAUUCAAGGGUGUUACUGUAGAUACAAAGGACUUAAACUAUGAGGAGGUUCAGUUUCAAAAUGUAUUAAAUGAGUCAUUAAACCAGUGGAAAACAGACGGGAAAAAAUGUGUGUGGUUUAAAGUUAAUAUAAAAAAUUCAGUGUAUGUGCAUAUACUAGCACAGAAAGGUUUUAAUUUUCACCAUGCCAGAGAUGACUUUGUGAUGAUGUACAAAUGGCUGCCAGUAGACAUUGAGCCAAACUUACCACCUGCAUGUCAUACGAAUCUUGGAGUCGGUGCCUUGGUGUUGAAUGGAAGAAAUCAGUUAUUGGCAGUCUCUGAGAAGAAUUAUGAUUACCCACAUUGGAAGUUACCUGGUGGUUAUGUUGAAAGAGGUGAAGACAUUCAGGAUGCAGCAGUGAGAGAAGUAAAAGAAGAGACAGGAGUGGAUUCAGCUUUUGAAUCAUUAAUAACAUUCAGACAUACACACAAUAUGAUAUACGGCAAUUCCGAUAUUUACAUGUUGCUACUGAUGAAAGCUGUAUCCGACGAAAUAAAACAAUCACAGAGAGAGAUCAAGAAUUGCCAAUGGAUGGAUAUUGAAGAGUACACCUCACAUCCACAUGUUCAUGAAUUUAAUAAAUUAAUUGCUAAUAGGGCUCUGGAAUACAGGGACAAAAAUCUUAAAUUGGAUUUGCAAAAGAAAACUGUAAAGUUUUCUAAGUAUACUCGCGAAAUGAACUUUUUAUUAUUAACUGGUUAUAAAAAUUAGCUAGGAGUUCAUAAUUUAUGUGUACAGUAAAACCAAUUUUCUAAUUGUUUUCGUAAUAUUAUUUUUCUAAAUAUAAUCUGAUAUUGUAUGUAUUGGCAAAAUAUUUUGAUAGUUGAAAACCAUCACAAAAAUGUUAUGAUUGUUGGACUGUUGUUAUGAUUUAUUUAGAUUUUCGUACCCAAAGGGUAAAAACGGGACCCUAUUACUGAGACUUCGAUA